GGCGGCGCGCGGGACAUGGAGGAGCGGGACGGCCGCGCCGGAGGCUUCAGGAAGGUGCGGCGGUCCCGGGAGGGGGGCUCGGUCCCGGGCGGGGGGGUUCGGGCCUGCUCAUCCCUUCCUCUCUCCGCGCAGGACACCGUGGACCGGCUGCUCCGCCUGCAUUUCCGGGACGGGAGGACACGAGUGAACGGGGACGCGCAGCUGCUGAUGGCCGAGAUGCUGAACGUCUUCGUCCGAGAAGCGGCGGCACGGGCAGCGCGGCAGGCUCAGACAGAGGACCUGGAGAAGGUGGAUAUUGAGCAUCUGGAGAAAGUGCUGCCGCAGCUGCUUCUGGAUUUCUAGAGGCCUCCUGAAGCACAUGCUGCCUGCCAGCAGAUGGUCCUGACCUGACAGCAAACAUCUGUCUCAGCCUUAGAGUCCAGCUCUGGGAAAAACAGUUUCAGCUUUUUCUUCCUCUGUUGUUUUGCUUCUGUUUCCCCUCUCCUUUACCAAGCACAAUACAGCCCAUAGCAAUGAUGCUGUCAGAUACUAUUUUUGAGAAGAGGCUGUCGUAGGCUUGUUUUGUUCAGCUGAGUAUGUAACUGUUUCCAUCUCGCUGCUUUACUCCUGUAACAGGGGCCUGUACUUCACAGCAUGGUAAGAUGCUUUUGCUUUCUCAGCUAAUGUGAGAAACAGGUGCUGCUUCACAGAGAUGCAUGGAAAGACUUAAUGACUGGAAAUACCAUCCAGCCUUCAGGCUCUCCUUGCCUCAGCAGGCAGCUGUGACAGCAACUCUAGUAGCUCCAAGCCUGUCUAAUGAAUAGGUCGUUAACAGGAGCUCAGUCACAGGCUCUUGCCAAGAGCAGGUAACUGAUCUUUAUUUUAUAAAUAAACAGUGUCUGUCCCUCACUACCUUCCAGUA